GUAGCUUUGUUUUGGUUGUCGGUCUAAAAAAACCUCCUCAGCGUCCUGUUUAUUAUAUAAAAAAUUGUCCAGUUUUGCGGAUGUUUUUUUUUUUUUUUUUUUUUAAAGAGACCAUUUUUAUAAAUACUGAAAAAUCUGACUUUUGUGGAACUGAAACAAAUAAUACUGAUUUCCCUUUACAGGCGCCACCUAGUGGAUGGAGCAUGUAUUACUGAUAACUGUUUACUCUCAUUCUGUGUUCUCUCACUCUUUUUUCUCUCUCAUCUCUCUGUUCUUUUUUUUCUCUCUCUCUGUUUUCUGUCUCGAAGCAUCUAAAGCACAAGUGCAUAUGAGCAUGCAUGCGUGCGGAACACGUGACAGAGCACGCAUGUGAGAGAGAGAGAGAGAGAGAGCGGCUACUGGACAAAGAAACAUACAAAAAACUGAUUAAUAACAAAUGUGUAGAAGUGUAAAGUGGUACACCGUGACUUCCCUGAAUAACACACACACACACACACACACACACACACACACACUAUCAGGUCAAAUGGAUUUUGUUUGAUCUGAACUUGCAGGACAGGAGGACGUCGAGCUCUGAAGGAGAUCAGCGGUCGUGUUGGUCAGGUGUGUGUGAGAGAAAUCCCGCUGUGACUGAACCUCCACCACAUGCUCCUCCUCCUGCAGGUAUGGAGAGCGCAGGAGUCGGUGAAACCCAGCAGGACGUUCUGUUCGAGGUCCUCAGUCACUGCAGGUUCCUGCAUGCAGCAGUGCAGAGGCUCGAGCAGAAGAUCGACAAACUUCAGAUCCAAUACAGGAAGCUGGAGAGGUCAGGAGAGGUGAAUGUAGCAGCAGGAGGAGAUCAGCUCUCCUGGUCCCUUGCUCAGCGUCUCGGACCUUCACCUCAGACGAAAGCACAGAAGAACCGUACAUGGACGCAGGACGCAGCAGCUGUCGUCCCUCAAAGCGUCAGUGGGAAGAGGAGCAAGCGCAGGAGACGCCGAGCUCAGAGAGUCAACAGAGAAACUAAAGUGGAGGACGCAGGAGCUCCACGAGAUAACGAGAAGAAGAAGAAGCGUCUGAGAAAGCCACGGAAACGUCACGCUGAAGAUAGAGCUGAACCUGAGGCGCAUCGAGAAGCAGGAGAAUGAUCUCUAAAGAAAUCCAGAGCAUGUCCAUCAACAUCUGGCUGCAGGACACGUAGUGGGACGUGGAGUAAUUGUGUGUAAAGUUAACUAUGAAUAAAAAUGUUUUGUUAUUUUCUACCAUUAUUUUGUUGUUUAUUCGCAAAUAAAUAAAAAUGACUGUAA